UGUACCUUUAAAGCUUUUGUGUGGAAAGCUUUAGAAGUAAUUGUUCAGAGUAGGGUUUUGGCUGGGCUUUGGCUGUUCACUAAAAGAGAGAAAUUUGAUAUAAUUAAGUAAUAUGGUAAGGGAGCAAUGGUAUAAUCUACAACUGAAUAUUUAAAAAAAAAAGAUUCUAUGUUUUUACUUGUUAUAGUUACCUGUACAGUGUUUGUAUGGUGUCGUACAGAAUGAAAAUGAAUGCUUUGUUCAUGACCUGCUUUGCAGCUUCUCUGUUUCCUUUGUCAUAUGGCGCACCAAUAUCCAUGGAUUGGUGUUAUCACAUGCCAUCAUGUAGUGAUGUCGUUUGGCCCAUAAUUGCAGAAAAAGACUGUAAUGGAACACAACAGUCUCCAAUAGACAUCAUAACCACCAAUGUUGAGGCUAAUGCUAAUCUGACCUCCUUCAUCUUCACUGGCUAUGACGACGACACAACUUUGACUGAGAUUAAAAACACUGGCACCACAAUUAAAGUUACACUAGAUCAUGAGAAAAUGCAUGUGGAAGGAGGGGAUCUGCCAGGCUUGUUUGCCAGUACGCAGUUUCAUCUUCACUGGGGUAAUGGUAGUUUCAUGCCUGGAUCUGAACACAUGGUGGAUGGAAAACAAUACCCUAUGGAGCUGCACGUCGUGAAUAAGUUUGUACAUAAUGGUUCAACUAUAUUGGCUGUUCUUGGUUUCUUCAUUGAGGCCACUUAUGACACGGGCAAACCAGAGAGCUGGAAGACCUUGACCUCUUACUUGUCAGAUAUCGCCAAUGCAGGUGAUAAAGCAUGCAUCACUCAAUAUAUCUCCAUGGAUGAUUUGCUUUCUGGAGUUGACAGGACUAAGUAUUACCGUUAUCUUGGCUCUUUGACCGUACCAAACUGCAAAGAAGGUGUGAUUUGGACCGUUUUCAAAGACCCCAUCAAAGUCAGUUGGGAUUUGAUCGACCUGUUCAGUACGAGUGUUUACAUAAAGGCAACCGACUCUCCCCUAAUGGUGGACACAUUCAGAAGUGUUCAACCGGUCAAUGGCAGGAUUGUGACGUCACAGGUGGCUGGUACCAGAGCUAUUGGUCCUGUUUUACAAAUGGCAUCCGGUUUGGACUUUCUAGACCUCUCUUCUGAAAUCCAUACCCCUGAACCUUACAUUGAGUUUGAUUUAGAAACCACAUACUGGUAGGAUUGAGUGGGUUGACAAUCAUGCUAAGUGAUUUAUUUUAACAGAUUGUGAAAAAAGACUACUUUUAACAAUUAUACUUGUUCUGUAUAUGUCUGGUAAAAAGCCAGAUAUAGCCCGUUUUAUUGAAAAGUAUUUUAUGAUCUCUUGCUAGUUCAUGUAUGCAUUCAUCUUAAUUUUGUUCCGACACCACUUAAGUUACUACUUUAGCUCCAUGGGUAUGUAUAAAUUGUUUUGGUGGGGUGUUUUUGCUCAACAUUUGGCAUCUUUUAAUGCCUUUCUCAAUUCAGCACUUAUAAGCUUUUAGGUUCGUACUGUAGUUAAAGGUGCAGAAUCCUCAUUUAAGAGUAAAUGGGGAGCUAAAGCCAUAUUGUAAUCUUAGUUUGGCAAUACUAGUUUGGUUAAUGCAAAGACGUGUGAGGGUUUGCAAUUUAGCAUAUGUAGUUUCGACUCCUUUCCAGUAGCACUUUUUCUUCCACAACCACCCCCCCCACCCACACACACACACGCGCGCGCACAUACAGCUUGAAGUUCACACCUCGGAGUAUCACUUUGGUUUUGCAUUAAUAUGUAUGGUAUAUGAACAAGCAGUUUGGUGUUCUUUUAAAUGUUAGUCUGUCCUCACCAAUGUGUAACUGGUUUCUCAAAACACUUGUGCUUUGAUUUCAACAAAUCCAUAAACCUUUUUGUCUUAGCCAUUUUAAUGUUACACAAAAUAAAGGUCUCAUUCUUAAUCGAA